AUGCAACCUGGUCAGUGUAAAAAGGGAUCUGCAGAAGUAGAAUUCUUUACUGAAUAUGGAGAGGGGAGCAGAUACAAAAUCCUAGAAUUUCUUGGUAAAGGAAGCUAUGGUGUUGUUUGCUCCGCUUAUGAUACUCAUCGUGGGGAGAAGGUUGCCAUUAAAAAAAUAGGUGAUGUUUUCGACCAUGUUCCUGAUGCCACCAGAAUUCUUCGUGAAAUAAAGCUACUUCGACUACUACGUCAUCCAGACAUAGUGGAAAUCAGACACAUUUUAUUGCCGCCGUCUAAAAGAGAAUUCAAAGACAUAUAUAUAGUUUUUGAAUUGAUGGAGUCUGAUUUACACCAAGUCAUAAAGGCAAAUGAUGACUUGACCCUGGAGCAUUAUCAGUUCUUCAUGUAUCAGCUGCUUCGAGGCUUGAAGUUUAUACAUACAGCAAACGUCUUUCACCGGGAUUUAAAGCCUAAAAAUAUAUUGGCAAAUGCUGAUUGCAAAUUAAAGAUAUGUGACUUUGGUCUUGCACGAGCUGCAUUGAAUGAUACCUCUACUGCAGUAUUUUGGACAGAUUAUAUUGCAACAAGAUGGUACAGAGCUCCUGAACUGUGUGGAUCUUUUCUCUCGAAGUACACACCUGCUAUAGACAUCUGGAGCAUCGGUUGCAUCUUUGCUGAGCUUUUGACCGGGAAACCUCUCUUUCCUGGGAAAAAUUCAGUCCAUCAGUUGGACUUGAUAACUGAUCUUCUAGGGACUCCAUCUCCUGAAGCCAUAGCUAAGAUACGAAAUGAAAAGGCUAGGAGAUACUUAAGCUGCAUGAAGAGGAAAAAGCCUGUUCCAUUCUCCCAAAAGUUCCCAAAUGCAGAUCCCGUAGCACUUCGUUUGUUAGAAAAAAUGCUUGCAUUUGAACCGAAAGAUAGGCCUUCAGCUGAAGAGGCUCUUUCGGAUCCAUAUUUCAAAAACUUGGCUAAUGUCAGGAGAGAACCAUCUGCACAGCCAGUUCCAAAGUUGGAAUUUGAAUUUGAAAUUAGGAAGAUAACAAAGGAAGAUGUACAAGAACUAAUUUACCGGGAGAUCCUUGAAUACCAUCCAAAUAUGUUGAAGGAUUAUUUAGAGGGUUCAGAAUCUACCAGCUUCAUGUAUCCGAGUGCUGUUGAGCAUUUGAAGUCGCAAUAUGCUCAUCUUGAGGAACACUCUGAAAAGGGUGGUACUGUGGCUCCGCCUAAAAGGCAGCAUGCAUCGUUGCCCAGGCAAAGUGUUUUAUAUGCAAAUGAGUCAGCACAUAGUGUUGCUAAAGUAACAAAUGAUCUGGCCGAAUGUUCCAUCAAAGACGUCGAGAGGUCACAUACGAAUACAGAAAAGACUCCCAGCAUCCCCUUAACAAGACUACCUAUUCAAGUGCCUCGAUAUGUUCAAGGAACUUCUGUGAGGCCUGGAAAGGCUGUAUGUUCUGUGUCGCGGUACAACACUUCUGGAGUUUCAGUGGCGGAGAGUGUUGAUAAAAAACUAAGCAUUAGAAGUCCUGAUGUUCUGACUCGAUAUGCUAAUUCCAGCUCUUCUUAUCGGAGAAGGAACCUAGGUGAUAAAAACGAAAUGGUGGAGGAUAAGACUGAAGGAUCUAAUGUGCAGCCAAGACCUGCAUUCAUGUCAACAAGUAAAGAGGGUGGGGCUCAAGGCGUUCCCGGAAAUAAGCAUUGUUGACGUAAUAUUUCUUCUCAUUACUUGAACAAGGGCUUGUUC